AUGAAUUUCAAUCAAAAGGAUCAAAAACCGAGUAAACAAAUAAUUUCCACUCCCGAACUACUCAACAAUUGGAGAAACUCACUUGAUCAAUGCUAUGAACAAGCUAAAUAUGAUUUCUACACUUGUAUGAAUGAACAUUUUCCCAAUUCUUACAAUAUCUAUAAUAAUAAUACAAAUGUAAAUACAACAACCACCAAUAUUAACAAUAAUACCAGCAAUACAAUGAAUAAUAAUAAUACUAUUAAAGGAAUAAAACUAUGGGAAAAAAAGAAGGAAAUUAGAGAAGUGGAACAAGUGACCUCACUCUUUAGAAAUUCACCUCCCGAAUCAAACUUUUACAAAUGGCUUGGAGUUUCAGAGUUUGAAUAUUCGAAUGGAUCUAUUGUGGAAUUGUUUUCGUAUAUUACAAAGGAAAAUGAUAUGGAACAGAGGAGAAAGUGGGAUCCAGAUUUGGAGGAAUUGAAGAGUAUUGCCAUGUUGGAUGAAAAGAAUUGGAGAAUUUGCUUUCAGGUUUACAAUACUAAUACUAGAUUUGUUUCGAAUAGAGAAUUUGUGAUUCAGUAUGAUAUUUAUGAGGAAUGUGAAAAUGUAGCAUGGUUGAUAUGUCAGUCAGUUUCUGAUUUUCCAGAAAUGGAGGAUUCACAAGCUCCCUAUCGAAGAGGAAAUGUUAGAGGUUUUGUUCAUUCAGUUGCUUGGAGAAUUGAAAAGAUAAAUAAUGGAGAGAAAUUCAAAUUGAGUUUUUGUAUUCACUCAGAUCCAGGAGGUAUGAUUAGUUCAACCAUUUACAAUCUCGUCAGUGAGAAACAAGCCCUGAAUACCUAUCGAAUUAUUAAGGCAAUAAAUUUGUAA